ACCAGCGAGUUUUCACUUUGACCAUCAACAAUGUGACAACUGGGGACUCUGGUUAUUUCCGGUGUGGUGUGGAGAUCAGUGGAGCUUCAGAUGAUGGAGAUCAGGUUUUCCUGUCAGUGACUGAUGGUGUGUCCACAGUGAAAUGGAUGCGUGUACAGAGAAGAGGAUCUGUCACCAUCCCAUGUUUCUAUGAUGACAGAUAUAAAACUAAUGUGAAAUACUGGUGCAGAGGGAAAAAAAGGAAGUCAUGUACUCCCAUAGUACACAGUGACUCUCCACAGGAGGGUAAAGUGUCAGUCAGAGAUGAUCCUGACCAGCGAGUCUUCACUGUGACCAUCAACAAUUUCACAGAUGGGGACUCUGGUUACUACUGGUGUUGUGUGAAGAUCAAUGGAGCCUCAGAUCCUGGAGAUCAGGUUUCCCUCUCAGUCACUGAUGCUUCCUCAAGGCUGUCAGUGGACAAACAGGAGGUGACGGGUGUGGAAGGAGACAGUGUCAGUGUUCAGUGUCGCUAUGGAUACAGUGUAAAUAAGAAGCUGUGGUGUAAGAUCGGGGGCUCCUGUGUGUCAGAGAGAUCUGGGAGCUGGGAUCUGGAUGGGAGGCCUGUCCUGAUCAGGGAUGACACAGUAAAUAGAGUCUUCAUUGUGAAAAUAAGGGCACUGGAGAGGAAGGACACUGGCUGGUACUGGUGUGAUGCUGGAGGCUUGCAGAUCCCAGUUCAUAUUACUGUCAAACCAAUAAUCAUCACUGAAUCACAUGAUGAAGAUGGAGGGAAUAAUGAUAAACUGAGAUUGUUUCUGUAUGUAGGACUGGGCUUAUUGGUGCUGCUGUUGAUCAUCAUCAUCAUCACAUGGAAAGUGUGGGACAGACACAACAAAAAAACAACGAGUCAAAAUCAGGGAAACACAGAAUUGACACUGAACCCAGACCCUGAAUAUGCAGCAAUAGGCAACAUCAAGAGAGACCCCCCAGGGCAGGCCUCUGAGGAGCCUGGUGCUGAUGUCACCUACAGCUCCAUUGUCCUGUCAGACCCAGAGGUGUCCUCUAGAUGUUCUUCACACCGACCUGCUGUAACCCCAGCCAGCGAUGUGGUCUACAGCUCAGUCGCCCUGAAGCACAGAGAGUAGGGGGCAGCAAUUACACAGACAGGCUCCUCUACAUGUGGGGAGCUGCUGCUCAGGAUGAGAGCUGUGAGGGACACACAGAUACUCCAGUGAUGGGGAUGGUUAAAUAGAUGCAAGUGUACGACAUUAUCUUGGCAGUGUGUGAACUGUCCGUUUUCUUUUAUAUUAAUGGAAAAACAAAAAUCAUUAGCAAUUCUAGUUGAUUGUUAUAAUAUAGUUCACAGAAAUACAGUAUUCUGAGAAAGUGUUAGCCAGUGUCUUGUGUAUAUACAGUUUAUGUAGAGGUGAGGGGUUAAUGAGGUCUAAGCGCUUUGCUGCCCCCUGCUGGAGCCAUUUCACUGUUUACUAUAGAUCAGGAGUGCCCAACUCCAGUCCUAAAGGGCCAGAGCCCUGCACAUUCUUAGGUUUCCCCUCAAUUAACACACCUGAUUCAACUCAUUGUGCUACUUACCACGCAGCUCUUGAGCUGAAUCAUUUAUGAUGGAACAGGGAAAAAACUAAGCUACACAGGGCUCCGGCCCUCCAGGACUGGAGUUGGGCACCCCUGCUAUAGACAGUGGAAUUAAAAGCUGCCCUAUUACCAUUAUAUCAUAUUUCAGUAUAAAAGCUUUAGGUUAUUUCCACAGAAUGUUAGGCUUUUGUUUACUGAUAAAUGGAGUAUUAUUGAAAAUGCAGACCACAGACUGUGUGACUCAUCAUACACAAUGUUAAUAAAAAUGCUUUUCAUUCCUCCUGCAUGCUGCAA